AUGUCUCAAGACAUUAAUGAAGAGAUGGACGCUUUGGUGCUGCAAGAUGCUGCGCAGCCAACGAUGCAUCAGCAACAUUUGUUGCAUCAGCUGCAAAUAUUUAUGCAGCAGCAGCAGCAGCAGCAGCACCAGCACCAGCACCAGCACCAGCAUCAGCACCAGCACCAGCAGCAGCAGCAGCAGCAGACCGAAAAUGAAAUGAAAAUAAAAAAAAUAAAAGAGGAGGCGGGAAGGCCCGUGCCCGCUGGUAUGCUCAGCGCGGCAGGGCUGGCGGUCGAGGAGGCGACCGAGGGCGAAGAGGCGGCUGGGCCCGAGGAGGCGGCUGGGCCCGAGGAGGCGGUUGGGCCCGAAGAGGCGAUCGAGGCCGACGAGGCGGCCGGGAAACAGUGA